AUGGCUUCCAGUGAUAUUGAGGUGGACUUGGAUGAAGUGCAAGAAGCUGCCAAGAGAGUCGCACAGUACAUAAAUAGAACACCAGUAAUGACCUCUUCAACUCUUGACAGCAUGGCUGGAAGAUCUUUACAUUUCAAAUGCGAACUCUUCCAAAAAACUGGAUCCUUCAAGGUUAGUUCUUGAUUGUAUGGCCGCUUGUCUGAUGGGAUGUUCCAUUUUUUUCCCGAACCCCACCCACCCUAUGGAUGAGCAGAUUUCUACCACCUCACGGUUUUGUCGGAACCCUGUGAAAAAACCUUUCCCACCCCCCCUCAUUUUUUGUUGGUUCCUUUCAAAACGGAUUUCUACAAGUUGUCUGCCAGGGAUACUCAUCCAUAGGGUGGGGUCGGAAUAAAAAUGGAAUGUACGUCCCGAUCCACAGACAGAUAUCAGAUAUGACAACUGCCGCUAAUUUUUAAAAGUGUCUUAUAUACAAAAGGAAAGUGUCAUGCAGUUUUUACAAUUAUUAUUACUGUUAUUACUGUAUGCAAUAUCUACAUUCCGUUUGUGGGGCAGGAACGUGUGACAAACCCCUAGGAACGUCUGCGUGGGAGGCUAGGUUGUUUGUUAACUAAGAGAACAGUUGUUCAAGAAGUGUGGAUGCAGUGUAUGGUGUAUUUGUCACUGUGGCCCUUUAGUCAUGUAAUUUGACCCCACCCUGGUAAUACGGCCACCCUGUUGAUACAGGCAUCCACUGUAUUUAGGAGCUAGGGCUUAUAAAUGGAGGGGCUUAAACGAGUGGUUUUAUACCGUAAAAUUCCGAAAAUAAGCCCCUCCAUGCAUAAGCCCCCCAAUCCAGUAAUGGGUUAUUCCAGAAAAAAUCCACACCCCCACGACGGAAGGCACGGUUUUUUGACCCCCCAUCCACCUGGAUUUCCAAAACUGCUUGAGCCCCCCUCCACUCAGGAUUUCCAAGUUCAAAGACCCCCCCACCCCUCUAGAUUUCCAUAAAAUUGUUAGACACCAUGAUUUUACUUUACACUCAAUGUGGAAGAAUCCUUUUAGGCACCUAGAUGAUCUUUUUAUUAAAUAAGUCUCAAUUUUCCAGGAAUUCUGUGUUUGUUGUGAGCGUUAAGAUUCCAUUUUCCCAUUUUCUUAACCGGCUUACACUUUUUGCAAAUAAGGUCAUAUUUGAGUGAACUUCUCUUUUUUUCUAGAACAGGCAAAAUAUACAGCAAUAUGUACUACAAUAAAGCUCAAAACUAACUCUGUUCUCGAAUAAAUGGUUCUCUUCUUUGUCGAUAAAAAAUGACCCAGAAAGAAGGAAAAAGGACACUUCGCGCGAUAUUACAUGACACGCUGUACCACUUGCCACAACACUUGCCUUUCACUUGGCUUGUACUCGGAAAUUUGCCCUCAAAUAUAAAUUAAAACAAAGCAAAAAUGGUAAAUUUAUUCCAACUAUGAGACUAACCCAAUUGGUUUUGAAACGCAAAUUCCCCUCUGUAGAGAAGUCCCUCCGAAUAAAAGUCCCUCCAAAAAUAAGCCCUUCAAAAAGGGUAACUGUCAUCCCAAGAGAAAUUGAAGACAACUGUUCUGCAAAAUUUUGGGGGGGUGGUGGUGGGGGGGAGGGGGAUAAACAAGGUGCAUGAAAAAUGGUCUUUGUAAAAAUGGUGAAUUAAUGCCUAACUGGUAUUUCAGACCUGCUAACUCUUGCAAUUCUGCCAUGAGUCUCACAAUUUUUUUACUUUUCUCACGGCCUCACAACAAGGCUUACAAUCUCACGGCUUUUGGAGAAAAAUCAUUCUGAAAUGAAAACUAUGGAAAUUUAAUAAGGAAUGUAAGUGCCUCUUUGAACCAUGAUGGCUGCACUUUGUCUGGCAUUUUUGGCCAUAAAAAGUUGGCUUGUAUGGAAGAAAUGACUACUUGCUGUAAGUUUCAUACUAGUGAUUACCUCUCAGUAGAAUCAUCAACAAAAGCAGCAUCUUGUUUAUACAACAACGACCAUAAAUCGGGAAAAAAUAGAAUCUCACUCUAGAUUUGUUUUCACGAGUCUCCAGAGUUUCCUUUAUAAGGGGUUGGCAGGUCUGGGUAUUUACAGAAUUAAUCACAUUAUUUUACUAUUUAAUUUUUUAGAUCAGAGGAGCAACAAAUGCUGUUCUUCAGUUAAUGAAUUCACUGCCAGGGAAUCAGAAACCUGUACUUGUCACUGCAAGCAGUGGCAAUCAUGCACAAGCUCUUGCACUAACAGCAAAGAAAAUGGAACUUGAUGCUUACAUUGCAAUGCCAUCCAAUGCACCUCAAGUAAAGAAAGAUGCUGUUAGAGGAUAUGGAGCAACUAUUAUUGAUUGUGGCCCUAAUGCCUAUGAGGUAAUUAAUACAUAAUCUGUUAAUUUAACCCAAUAGGCUAAAAGUAGAGCUCUGUAUAUAUAUUACAGGUCAGGCAAAUUUGAUUUCAGGUUAAUUUUGAUUUAACCUAGAUUGAUUCUUUUUUUUCCCAGCUGGAAGAAAAAGAAAAUUUAUAAUAAAUCUGUGUGAAAGAAAAAAUUUAACCUGAAAUGAAAUUUGACCUGUAACAUAUGUCCUCAUUUAUAUCCUGUGUCUUGCAAUGAUAAGUUUUAAAUCAUUGCAAACAGAUUCACAUAUCUACUGAACUUUCAGUUCAGCGGUAUAUAAAAAUAUUCUAUUAAUGGUGAAGUAAUAUGAUAGAGGCUGAAAUAUACUGUACAUCAGCUACAGCUGUACUUUGAAGAUACCAAAAAAUUUUACUUUCUGUCACUGUUGCAAUCUUUGUGUAAAUGCAAUGUCAGUAAGAGAAUGUCUGACUGUUCUUUUUUUCUGUGUCAGUUUAAAAUGGUCAGGUUGCUAAAGUUGUCCUUGGUUGGUUGAUGAACAAAACCAUGUUUUUAAUACCAGGACAGCCAAUAACAAUCUUUCACCAAGCAGUAUUCAUUUUGCUCCACUUACACGAAGCUCCUCUAUCAUUCACUGGUACAGUGGAACCUUGACAUAACAAACCUCUAUACAACAAAGUCCUCCGUAUAACGAAUGAUUUUCUUUACCCCAGUAAUAGUAAAAUAAUGAAUUACCUCGUUAUAGCAAACUAAUUUUGCCAGUCCCUUGGCCCUUUGUUAUAUCAAGUUUCCACUGUGGAACAUUGUGUUUGUAUAGAUGAUAUCCAUACUCCUCUCAUGGAAAAUUUUUUGUUUGAGCCCCCACCCCGACCCCUCUGAAAAAUCCAUGGUUAAGGUUUCUAUUGUCUGUUUCAAAGGUUUGCUUUUAAGACCCUCUCCCCUUAAGAAGAGCCUGGAACCACACAUUCUAUAGCCCUGAUAAAUUGAAGUCUUUCUAAUAACAAUAUUUAGGAAAGAAGAUUAUUUUGAAGGGACAGAAUUAAAAGCCAUGUAUGGCUUAUUUAAAAUGUCCACGGUGUACUGGCAAUGUUUUUGUUCCCCAUUUGUGAUAAAAAUCAAUGUAACGAUUUGUAGUUUAUUUGUUGGUGUUUUUUGAAGUAAUGAUUUGUAUCGAUAUCAGGCAAGAGAUGCAGCUACCAAGAAACUCAUUGCAGAUCAUGGCCCACAUGCAUAUCUUAUUCCCUCAUCUGAUCACCCUCACAUUAUAGCAGGCCAGGGUUCAAUUGCUGUUGAAUUUCUGGAGCAGGUAGCUAGCUUUUUUAUAUAUCUAUAUACCUUAUUGGAACUUAAUUUCGCGUUUUUGGGGAUUGUAAAAAAAAUCGCGAAAUUUAAGACCCGUGAAAAUAAAUCCUCGAGAAAUAACACCCAUAUAGAAAUUUCAAAUCGCAGGUAACAUGUAUUAGUAAAAUCCAACUAGUGGUCUAUUAUCAAUGCUGCACUCUGAUUGGUUGAGCUACUACUGCUGCACUCUGAUUGGUUGAGCUACUACUAAGCUAUAUGUUAUAGCCCACUAGUAGCAAAAAGCACGGGCUUUUUAGCGGCAAAAAAGGAUAAAGUCUAGCUUUUACCUAGCUAGAAUUUUUUAUUCUCGAUAUUUUUGACCAACUAAUUGGAUUUUACUAAAACAAUUAUUCCUCUUGCCCUCAUGGCCUCUGAGUCAAUAGCCCAUUCGGCCUACGACCUCAUGGGCUAUUGACUCAGAGCCCAUUCGGGCUCGAGGAAUAAUUGUUAAAUAGUAACAUCAUAUACAGGAUAGAUAUAUUGCGAAUUGGUUUCACUUUCAUUUUGUGUCUUCAGUUAUGAAAUAAUGUUAAUUUGCAAAGAUUUCACACAUUGCUUGUUCUAGUCUAUCCAGUAAAAGGUUUAGGUUUAGACUUUUUAAAAACAUCAAAAUGAAGUUGAGGACGCUUAAUUCGCAAAAUUUAAUGCCCUUUCUUCAUAUUUAAAAUCGCGAAAAUAAAACCCUGCGAAAUACUUUCUCACCUGAAUCGCGAAACUAAGUACCCGCGUUGACCAACAUCAUUUAUUGAUUUUGUCACCAUCGUGGUAGACUACGAGCAGUGUCUCCUUUUUUCUGUAGUCCGUCGAGCAAAACGCGAGACACGCAAAUGACGACGCGCGUGACUGAUGGCGCGAGACGGGAGAGGCACUCUCUUUCUUCUCGGGCUGCCGCCCUCGUUUCGCGCGUCUCGCGACUUCGCCGCUCGCGCGCGUGCACUCCCCUUACUAAAUCUGAAGAAAAAGAGAGACUACUCGCAGUCUUCCAUCGUGGUUGCGUAGCUUACUAGUGAUGAAUGUUGAUGCACUGUGAUAAAGUCAAGACCAAAACUGAACUAAGAAUCCUUAUGCAGCAUCAAGUCUUCCUGUUGCUAGUCAUUCUUACAUGUAUUUGUGUUUUGUCCGCAGGUCCCAGACUUGGAUGCAAUUGUGGUUCCUGUCGGCGGUGGUGGAAUGCUCAGUGGGAUUUGUAUUGCAGCCAAAGCAAUAAAGCCUGAUAUCAAGAUCUAUGCUGCUGAGCCUUUAAAUGCAGAUGACUGUGCAAGGUCCUUUGUUGCAAAAGAGAGGAUUCCUCUUACAAGUAAGUUGAAAAUGUGCCUUCAUGUACAAAGCAACAGUGUUAAAUGCUUAUAACCGCAAGUUUUCAAAUGUACGGGUCAUUGGUUCAAAUAAAUUGCCCGAUGAGUGUGGUAAUCUUUUGACCAUACGAAACAGAACUGUUGCAUUAAACGAAAGAAUAUCUUCUGCAGUCUGAUGUACACUCAAUGGACUUAUCUUUGGUCCUCUGAUGAAUUAGCGUUGAGCUCUUUUUGAAAUCCAUUCAACUGAACUGUGAAAGAAUGCUGUUAUUAUCGGUAUGUAUAGUUGUGAACGUUGGUAAAAUAUGGAGGGGAAGAAGUGUAUGAGAAGUGGAGGGGAGUUAUUACAAUCUAAGGACCUUUCCAGGGUGCAAGGAUAGUCAGUUAACAGCGUGCCGUUCGGACAAGCUGCAUAACAUGUACUAGCCCAAAAGUCAUUUCAAGUAGCCCACAAAAACUUUUUGAUGAGUAGGAUUGCUUACAGUUCUUACAUAAUUUGAAUUCCACCCCAAAAUUAACUUUCCCAAUGGGCAAUUUAAGAAAAGAAUUGACUAGCCUGACAGUAAAAUCCACUAACCCCGGUCUAUCGGACACAACUUUCUUUGGGUGCUGCUGUCGAUUUAUGGUUUCAAAAUUGUGGAAUACAAUGAUUACAAUGAUGAACAUAAUUAACCCCCACUUGAAUAUUGUUGUGACGUCCACACUAAACACAAAGUUGCGUUUUCAAAUAUAUCCACUUCAAAGAGUGUUUUCGGAAAGUUCCAGCUUGGAUUUUUGUGAACGGUCGGCCUAACCGUAAGAAUAAAGUCGCGGUUUAAAAUUUAUCCGACGUAGUACAGUGUAGACAGGUUCUCAAAGGACAGACAUCCGUUAGCAAUAAUCCCUUUUUCGUAACCUGUAUGCGUGCAAAACAGGCGUUAUUUUUUGCGUUUGUGAAGGAGAAAAGGCAAGCGCGUGGCUUGCUUACAGCACGCCGUGGAGAUGGGAAGGGAGAUAAGUGCGGUGGGGUAAACCGCGAUAGAAAUAUGUGCGGGAUGUCCUCCGCCUCGCGUGUCUCGCCUUCCACGUCCCGCCUAGCGGUAGCCUUCGCUCGCCUCAAAAAAGCGGGAAAAUGUGUCAUGUUCUCAAAUUGGAAAACGAAUUGAUGUGGACGAAGUUCUAAACAGCUAUUUCCUUGUUCCUCUCAGCUUCUCCCAACACUAUUGCUGAUGGCCUCAGGAUCGGCUUGGGCAAAAAAACUUGGCCAAUCAUACGAGACAACGUGACUGACGUCAUAACCGUAACGGAGGAAGAAAUAAUCUCUGCAUGGAGGCUGGUCUGGGAACGAAUGAAACUAAUGAUUGAGUCGUCUGCUGCUGUAGGCGUGGCAGCAGUAUUCACAGAGAAAUUUCAAGCCCUUACUUCCGAAGAUCUGAAGAAUGUUGGGAUUAUUCUGUGUGGUGGAAAUGUAGAUUUGGAAAAUCUGCCCUGGAAAAAAUAGCAGCUUUCAACUAUCCACAAAAGAAAGAUGUUAGAUGUCGAACUGUUUAGAGAACACAAAAAGUCUUGAUUUUAUGAAAGUUUGAGAUCCUCACAAGAGAGUAUAUUUUUUCGCAGUAUAUACACGGUUUCAGAAAACACAUAUGUUAUUAUUACUAUUAUUAUUGACAGAUGAACUGUUAUAUCGUCCCUAGUUUUUUGGCCAGUUUCCAUAAUGAAGGUCGUUAUUGUUUUUUAUUUGUGUUAUCUCAAACAGAAAAUAAACUUGACAUGUCUAACUCUAGCCAGUUACCUUUUAACUGAGUUGGAUAUUUCCUCGUAUAAUUACUUUAAGUUUUAAAAAUGGCUUACUUAAUUUUCCCGACCGAAAUAAAUAAUAUGAUUUCAAACUAAUUCUUUCGGCAAAGAGAAGAAGUGCAGUGCAG